AUGGCUCGCCAACUCACAUCUGCAGCUCUAGCUACGGUCCUCAUGGCGGCGGCGUCCGUCGUCUCACUCUCGUCUGCCCGCCACGCCAUCCACGGCGCCGUCGGUGCGGAGGAAUCCCACCAUAUCCACAUGUACAUGCACGACUUCUCCACGGGACCCAACCCCAGCGCCGUCGUGGUCGCCCGCGGCACCGGCACCGGCCCGACGCUCAGGGGUUCCGUGGACAGGCGCUUCGGCGACACGCUAGUCAUGGACGACACUCUCACCGACGGCCCCGGCCGGGCGUCCAGGGCAGUCGGGCGCGCACAGGGGUUCUACGUCGCGGCGUCAUCCGCGGGCGGCGACCCCGCGGUGCUCGUCUCCAUGAACGUGCUGCUCACAAGUGGGCCCUACAACGGGAGCACGCUGGCCGUGUCGGGCCGCAACGCCGUGUUGGCGCAGGUCAGGGAGCUCUCGGUGGUCGGCGGCACGGGGAUGUUCAGGAUGGCCAGGGGGUACGUGCUCAUGAAGACGGCGAGCUGGAGCGGCAAUGACGCGGUCUUGGAGCUCGACAUCCACGUGAGGACGGUGAAGUCGUCCAUGGCCCAAACCGGGUCGUUGCCGGGCACGUGA